CAAGCCUCCCACCCCUCCACUGGUCCGUCCACUGUCCGCCAUCGUCAUUUGUCUGCGGGCUCUUCACGGCGAUAAGCUGUCGACCUCGGCCCCCGGAGCGACCCUCGUCUAUCUCCCGACUGUGACACAUGUCGUGUGAGUUUUUCGAUGGCCGCUCUUGACGUGACUGCCUGCGAUCCAGCAGCGAACUAGUUAACGAAAGGCGGAGGAGGCACGCUCCAGCACACCGCCACAGUACGAAGAUGGCGUCGGAGGGAGCCAGCGGAGAGCAGCCUCCUCCGGUACAAACCCUCGCCGCCGCCGUGCUGGGAGGCGUCGACACGAAAUGUGAUUUCAACAUGGAUAACCUGAGCAAGCCGGAGCUGCUGACCCUGCUGAGCAUCAUGGAGGGAGAGCUGGAGGCCCGCGACCUAGUCAUCGAGGCCCUCAGGGCUCAAAGGAAGGAAGUGUUCCUUCAAGAGCGCUACAGCCACUAUAGCCUCACCGACCCUUUCCUGGCGCUCCAGCGAGACUUUGAGUGUGGCGUCCCACGAGGUGACAAGGAGCGGAGGCCCCUGGGCUCCAGCCCCAUGUCUGUCCUGGAGGCUGUCAUGGCACACUGCAGGAAGAUGCAGGAGCGCAUGUCAGGCCAGCUUGCUGCCGCCGAGGGCCGCCAGAAGAGGCUGGAGAUGGAAAAGCAACAGCUGCAGAACCUGGAGCAGGAACACCGCAAGCUGACGGCGCAGCUGAAAGAUGAGCGAGAGAAGAACAAGCACAUCGUCAUGAUGCUCGUGCGCGAGUGCAAGCAGCUGGCCACGCGUGUGGUGGAGGAAUCGCAGCGCUUUGAAGAGCUUCAGGCACGACUGGACGAGGAGACCCGCUUGUCAGGCCGCCUGCAGGAGGAGCUGGGUGUCGAACGCCAGCGUAGCCAACAGAUGGAGGCCAAGAUGGAGAAGCAGCUGUCUGAGUUCGACACAGAGCGGGAACAACUGCGAGCUAGGCUGGGGCGUGAGGAGGCAGAGAGUCAGAAUCUACGGCAGCAGGUGGAUCAGCUCAGGACUGAACGGGGAGAUGUAAAGGACGGCGCCGCUCCCGGCCAACCUGCUGUCAGCACCUGCACACCACCUACACCCACAGUUUCAGUGUCAGUGGCCACAGAACCCAUCAGCUCUCGAACAGCUUCUUGCCAAACGGACCAGCCCCUCACUGAGGUGGAGGGUCCCAAGAAGACUCCACUCACCAUACCCGUCAAACCUGCCCCAGGCCCGUACGCAGGUCUGAGCCUGCCAAAGACAGCCGGCAGGGGAAUUGUCCACAGUAGCUCAGGAGGACUGACACAGGCCGAGAACGGCUCAGAGGCCCAAUCCGGCCCCCACGGCAUACCCAGUGGGGUCAGCCCACGGGUUCAGGCGGCUCGCUACAAGUUCCAGGAACAGGACCAAAACGGCACGGCCUCCCAGAGUCCUCCAGCUCGUGACCUCUCGCCAACCAACCGUGACAACUUUGCUGCCAAGCAACAAGCACGCCACACAGUCACCCAGGUCCUGUCACGCUUCACGAGCCCACCAGCAGGCGGGAGUGGACCACUACGGCCAGGCCUGCCUCAUUCUGCCUCAGAGGGUGGACCUUUCCCCAGCCGCCUGAGCCAUCCCAUCGGCCUUAAGUCGCCUACAGUGGCCAGGAUCGACAGGGGCAACCCUCCCCCAAUCCCUCCCAAAAAACCUGGGCUCUCCCAGACACCCUCUCCUCCUCAUCCGUCCAUUAAGGGGGUGGGGGACAGCAGCCGCUCUCAUGGGGCGGGGCUAAAACCAGCCACACCCCAGCUUCCGCCCAAACCCGCCUUGGACCUGGUACCAGCCCUGACGGCCUCUCAGGUGGGUGCAUGCCCCUCCUAUAGCUCUCCAGGGCCUGAGCAGCCGGCGUCAGCAGAAUGCCCCCCUGUCAUCACCCCUGCCACCGAUGUUAGUAGCCCCUCUUCCAUAAACCCCCUUCCCACCUCCCUCUCCAUUAGUGCUCCAUCCACCUGUAGCCCCCGCACCUCCACAGGCAGCCCCCUGGCAACAGCAUCAGGCUGGUGUCCCUCCAUAGUCCCCCCUCUUGGCGGUGGUGGGCCUGCCGCCCUGGACGGCGGGCGCCCCCGACUCCUCCUCCAAGCUGCUUCCCAGGGAAAUGUCACUUUAUUGUCAAUGCUGCUUAACCAACCUGACCCAACCACAACCGCCGACACCCACUGCACCACUGCCAUGGAGAACCAGCCCCCUCAUGACGACCAAGACCACCUCAACCACAACCACACAUCUGCCUUGUUUGCUGCUGCUCAGAAUGGACAUGCAGAGUGCGUGAAGCUGCUGCUGUCUUCCGGUUCGCCCGCUGAAGUGUCCGACCAAAAUGGAUUUACACCAUUGCACUUUGCUGCCGCCCACGGCCACAGCGGCUGCGUAGAGGCUCUGCUGGCUGCAGGAGCAGCUGUGGAUGCGGCGGCGAGCGGCCUCCAAACCGCUCUCUUCUUGGCCAGCGAGGCAGGAAGGAUUCACUGUGUCCAAAUGCUGCUGAAUGCUGGCGCUGACCGCUCCCGAACUGUCACAGACGGCUGUACGUCUCUUCAUGCUACAGUGCGCUCGGGACACGUGGACACGCUGCGUGUGCUCCUCUGUCACCCCAACACAGGUGACCCCACUGCGACCCUUGACCCCAACGUAGCUCAUACACUGCCCGCCUCCCUCCUGAACCAGGCUAACACUGACGGAUGGACGGCCGCGCACAUGGCGGCUGCUCUGGGCCACAAGGACUGUCUGGGGGUGCUGUUUAGCCACAGCGAGCAGGACAUUGAGAGGAGAGAUAAAUGUAAUCGAACCAUUCAUGAUGUCGCCACAGAUGACUGCAAAGAUCUCCUUGAAAACCUCAACCAGUACCGGGUCCUUGUACGCCUCAAGUAUUCCGAUGAGGGCGGAGCCAUUGGUCCCAUGUAUGAUGCUGUUGCUGAUAAGCAGGUGAAUGACAUUCACUUGGUGCUGGGCAGAAUGUCAGUGGGCCGCUCCAUGCACUGGUCUCAGCUGAGCACCGCCAUAGGCCACACCUUCACCGCCCACCUCCACAUGGUGUGUGGGGAGGAUGCACAGCGCCCCCUGCUGGGCCUCAGCCCAGCCAGCAUCGCCUCCAUCCUCAUUGGAGGGACUGAGUGGCAGCCGGGUCAGGAGCUUCCUGUCCUCCCCUGGGAUCUGGUCCGAAAACCUCUUUGCCAGGUCAUCACAGUGCGACUAAAAGGCCUGUCCCAGUUGUGUCUGGAUGAGUUAGCUCUGGAGUCCCUCUUCCCUCUGCCGGUGCUGCUUAACUACAUCCGCUUGGUGGAACAAUAUGGGAGUCUCGUUUUUCAUGGAGCAGAGGGCAGUUGUCAGGACUACAUCGCCUCUCUGCUUGCUCGCUGCAUCAAGUCUAAGCAGGAGGAGGGGGGCCAGGUCUGUGAGGUGAUGAAGGUACAGGUGGAGCACAGUCUGAGCAAGGAGCAGCUGCUGGAUACCUUGGUGUCCUGUGGCUUCCUGGUGCCGGCGCCGGAGUCUCACCAUGGGCGCUGUGUGGUGCUGCUGCUGCAGGGACUGGAAAAGGCAGCGUCGCUGUCAAGCUUGCUGGGGGACCUGUGCCACAGCUUGGACAACAGGAGCUCUGCCGCCCCGCUCAUCCUCAGUGCAGGUCCACAUCGCUUCUGCGAACGUAGCUUCCUGAUAGCCACCUUGUCAAAGCCCCGGCUCCAGGGCUCAGAGCUUCGCCUCCAGCAGCACUUCCGCUGGGUGACUCUCCGCUGGGACCAGGAACCUCUGCAUGGCCUGCUGGGAAGACAUCUACGCAGGAAGUUGCUGCACCAGACAGGAAGUGGCACAUGGUCACCUGAUGGCGCCAUGGAGAAGUCGGUGGUGUGGAUCAAUCAAGUUUGGCAGCGGCUCAAUGCCUGUCUGUCCCGUCUGGGAACCCACGAAGCAUUGCUGGGUCCACAGCUUUUUCUGUCCUGCCCCGUCACUGCCAACAACACGCACACCAUUGUCAGCUGGUUGGCUCGUCUGUGGAAUGCCGUGGUGGUCCCACGCGUGGAGGAGGCCAUUGUCUCUCGGGUAACAGCCAAGCGCUCAUCCUCCACUUCCUCCUCCUCGCCAUCGCAGAGGCCGUCGCCUAGCAACUGUGGGCUAAGUGCUGGUCAGCAGGCAGUGAUGAAGGCUGCCCUCAGCAUCCUGGUCAACAAAGCCGUCCUCCUGGGCUGCCCGCUUCCUCGUCAUGAAGUUGUGUUCAGGGGCGGAGCCUUCCCUCUGGCCACCAUGAGCUCCUUUAAAGGCAGCGGCAGUGGCAGGAAGUGUCGUGACGGUGCCAAGUUGAGGCGAUCCAACACCAGCCCUCGCAAGAAGGGAAGUCCAGCUUCCAGCUGGGGCUCCUUUCGAGAGGGCUCAGUAUCCACCACUGACGUCAGCUGCAUUGCUAAUGGCAAAAUAUACAGGGAGUCUUCCUCUGGUUUGUCUUUAUUCUGUGACGACGAGACAGACUUGAUCAGAGAGCUGCAGUCCAUGUGUUCUAGCCGGUCAGAACCAGACAUAAGACAGAUCUCUGUGUCCAAAGACGACGUAAUUGUGUUCACGAGAGAGCCUGCUGGAGGUCCACCCCCAGUGCCAGAGCAAGAAGUAGCUGUCGGCCAAGCAGCUCAGACGGCAGCCGUACAGAGUAGCGAGCGCCGGUCAGGCCCUCGCGUCAAAUCUCAGCUCCCCGUCCCCAGCAGAGGGCAGCAGCCUCGGCCUGCAGCGGUCAGUAACAACAACAACAACAACAGCCGUAACAACAACAACAACAAGAAUAGCAGCAGCAAGCACAUGCCUGCCAGCUACAGCAGAACCAGCAGCAAACCAAGGGUGGUACCAAACAGCAGCAGCAGCAUGAAGAGCCAAUCACCUGAGGACAUUUGGGUCCUUCAUGACAACAACAACAAUAAGUAGACACACCCACUGCCCACCCCUUAUAUGAACAACCAAUCACAUGAGGACACUUGGGCGUCAAAAAAUCCCCCCCCCCCCCUCGGCACCAGUAGGAGGAGCCAACCACAUGAGGAUGUUUGGGACACACAAAAACACAAUACUUCCCCAUGCCCCGCCCCCUCGCUCCAGGAUGUAAAGACUGGCUUCCCUAGACAACCUUUGACCUUUGCUCUUUGUACUUGUGAUGUUCCGCUGUGCUGCAGUUGUGUACUUGGGGACCAGCGUGUUGUUCUAGAAGCUUGAUGUCUAAUUUUUUGAUGGUUACUUUGCUGGUGGCUCCUGUUGUUGCAGCGGCAGCCACCAGAGGGCGCUGCCAACUAGGAAGGGUAUUUUAGUCUUUCUAUGCUCUGGGGUGCUUUGACCACAAUCAGGGUUUUAGUGUAAAUAGGAAGUAGUUAGUGCUCGCAAGCUCGUGCACGUGAUGAUGAUGAUGUUGUACAGUGAUAAAGACCUCCACGCUGAAAGACUUUUAAAAAAACAAGUGUUUGUAAAGCCGUCACUUGUUUCAAAGUGGGGGGGGGGGCAAUAGAUUGUAGAUGCCCUUUGUCUACCUUAAGCCAUAUUACAACAUCCCCCGUCCCCCAUACUCUAACGCCCCUUCACGCGUCCCAUCAAUCACUGUGUUCUAGGUAUGCUUUUUUCUGAAGGCUUUAUUUUCUGUUUAUAAAUCGAUAUAAAUAUAACAUCUAUACAUAUGUACAGAAGAGACUAUAGUCCUGUUUCAGAUGUGUGUUUUAAAAAGUUGUCUUUCAAGCACAAAAACAAUAAAAUCUUAAAAAGUCUUUUUAAAAA